AUGGACGCCGUGGAACUUGCCAGGAAGCUGAAGGAGGAGGCCACGUGCUCCAUCUGCCUGGACUACUUCACCGACCCCGUGAUGACCUCCUGCGGACACAACUUCUGCCGCCAGUGCAUCCAGAUGAGCUGGGAGAAGGCCAAGGGCAAGAAGGGGCGGCGGAGGAAGGGCAGCUUCUCCUGCCCCGAGUGCAGGGAGGCGUCCCCCCACAGGAACCUGCGGCCCAACCGGCUGCUGACCAAGGUGGCCGAGAUGGCGCGGCAGCACCCCGGCCUGCAGAGGCGGGACCUGUGCCCGCUGCACCAGGAGCCCCUCAAGCUCUUCUGUGAGGAGGACCAGAGCCCCAUCUGUGUGGUCUGCAGGGAGGCCAGGGAGCACCGCCUGCACCGGGCACUGCCCCUGGACGAGGCCGCGCAGGAGUACAAGUUGAAGUUGGAGAAGGACAUGGAACACCUUCGGGAGGAGAUGUUCAAGACAGGCAAGCUGCAGGCCAAGGAGGAGCAGGCCUUAGAUGAGUGGCAGAACAAGGUGAGGAGGCGGAGAGAGCGCAUCGUGCUGGAGUUCGAGAAGGUGGGCCUCUGCCUGCUGGAGGAAGAGCGCAGGCUGCUCCAGGCCCUGAAGGAGGAGGAGGAGGAGACGGCCAGCAGGCUUCGGGAGAGCAGGGCCUUGCUGGCCCAGCAGAGCCACUCCCUGGAGAGGCUGCUGCUGCAGCUGGAGGACCUGAGCCAGCGCGAGCCCCUCCAGAUGCUGCAGGAUAUCAAGGACCCGCUGGGCAGGAGCAGCUUCAGCACGCAGUACCCAGAGGUGGUCCCCCCGGCUGCGCUCAGGACCGUGUGCAGGGUGCCCGGACAGAUAGGCGUGCUCAAAAGUUUCCAAGAGGAUGUGGUGCUGGACCCCACCUCGGCGUACCCCUACCUCCUCCUGUAUGAGAGCCGCCAGAGGCGCUACCUCAGCUCCCCGCCCGAAGGCGCCGAGUUCUGCAACGAGGACAGAUUUGUGGCCUACCCCUGUGUCGUGGGCCAGAAGACCUUCUCCUCGGGGAGGCACUACUGGGAGGUGGGCAUGAACCUCACCGGGGACGCACUGUGGGCCCUGGGCGUGUGCAGGGACAAUGUGAGCCGGAAAGACAGGGUCCCCAAGUGCCCUGAGAAUGGGUUCUGGGUGGUGCAGCUGUCCAAGGGAACGAAGUACUUGUGCACUACGAUGGCCGCCCCCACUCCGGUGACACUGACAGAGCCGCCCAGCCACAUGGGCAUCUUCCUGGACUUCGAGGCCGGGGAGGUCUCCUUCUACAGUGUGAAUGACGGGUCCCACCUGCACACCUACUCCCAGGCCGCCUUCCCGGGCCCCCUGCAGCCCUUCUUCUGCCUGGGGGCUCCCAAAUCUGGCCAGAUGGUCAUCUCCACGGUGACCGUGUGGGUGAAGGGGUAG